AUGGCCGACGUCGACGUCUCCGAAAUCGCGACGCUCUCGGGCAAUCUACGCGCCGAACUGAAAGAAUGGGAGAGAGCCUUUGCAGCGGCAAAUGAAGGCCGGAAAGCAGAACGGAAUGAUAUCAAGCAGGAGCCGGAGAUAGCCGCCAAAUACAAAGAAUACUCCCGACUCAAAUCCCUCGAAAAGUCCACCAAAUACGAGAAGAAACACCGAUCCCACCAGCCUCAGCCCGAAGAACAUCGUCCCACGAAGCGCAAGCACGCAUCGCCCACAGAUCCAGGAACUGGCGACCAUGCGACCACCCCCCGCAAAGCAACGAGGGGAGGACUCUUCGAGACACCCGCCAAGUCACGAAAAGACAGCACGCAUCCAUCACAAAUCGACCCUUACGAUUCGCCGUCGGUGUUUCGCCGACUCUUCAGCCCGUCGGCGCACAUGCAGGCAUCGCCAUUGAAGGCAGCUAUCGGUCCCACGCCCCAACGCGACGGGAAAGCGCUCGGGCUGUUCGAUCUGCUUUCAGAAUCCGGCGGGAGCACGGCGACGCCGUCGGCGACAAGAAUAGCGAGCGUUCAGGGCGCGAACGCUCAGACGCCGUCGAAGCGGAGGACUAUGGAUACGAUUGCCGAGGAGGAAGAGGAAGACGAUGGUCCGAGAGGGGAGCGGACGCCUGCGUCGUCUGGGAAGAUGUAUAUGCUUUCGACUUUGUUCGCGACACCGACGACGCUGCGCUAUGCUGCGAUGGUGGAGGGUGAGGACGAUGCAGGGCACGCUGACGCUGGGAAACAGCACGCCGAUGUCGAGAACGCGCAGCCGGCGGGGUCGGAGACACCGUCCUUCCUCAGAAGGUCAAAUUCGGGGCGGUACGGCCUUUCCAACUCCACCGGUAAUGCUGGUGGGUUUAGCCCCAUGGCUGUGCGAAAACCGCCGAAGCUCGUCGGAAGGGGUCUGUCGGCUAUAGUACAAGGGCUGCGCGAUAUGGAAGAUGAGCGGAUGCAGGACGAUAUGGACGUGCUGGAUGAGAUUGAGGCCGAGGAAGCGGCUGCGGAGAACGUCCAAGUGAAUGAUAGCCAAGCGCCAACUACCUUCAACGGACGACCAUACAAGAAGAAGGGUCAGAAGCGAACAACGCGCAGGGUGAAUAUGAAGCCGGUCGUCGUGAAACCACAACCCCAGCCCCAGCCACAUUCGCCAGAACCGCCCGAAGAGGAUGAUGACGACGAAGGGCAACAGGAUGAGCCUGCGGCAGUGCCCGAAACACAGGGACCGAGUAGAACAGAAGACGUCGACGAAUUCGACUACGAUGGCUUCGACGACAUCGAUUCGCUGCACACAAUGUCGGAACCCGAUCUUGACUCUGACCCCGAAUACGGAGAGAAGCCUAAGCCGGCGGCAAAGAGCAAGAGCUUUUCAGAGAAGAUGAAAGAGGCCAUCGGCGUGCCCGAUCCUCAACCGCGAGCUCGCGAGGAGAAAGCACCGCCACCUCAGGCCAAGGCGACUGAGGCUAAGAAACCGCGCGAGAGGAAGGUCAAUCCGCAAGCGCAUGCAAACUAUCGAUCUUUGAAGAUUCGAAGCAGGGGCAGCAGAGGCCGAGGCGCGGGUCGCUUUGGCAGACGCAGAUGA